AAUAUAACAGGGGCGGGUCAGGGCUUUUAAUAGGGAUUCUAUUUCUACCCAUUGAAUUGUUCUAAUUGUCGAAACCUCUCAGAAGCCUCAGUUCUCCAUUGAACCGCACUUGACGUUCUCCGUUGAAAUACUUGUAUCCCCAUUGAAGCAGCUGAGGGUUUUUUAGUUUGCAAUGGAUCCUCAACCUGAACCAGUAAGCUACAUCUGUGGAGAUUGUGGGCAAGAGAACACUCUGAAGCCGGGAGAUGUCAUUCAGUGUAGAGAAUGUGGUUAUCGCAUUCUAUACAAGAAAAGAACUCGUCGAAUUGUACAAUAUGAAGCACGCUGAACACGGCUGAAGGGCUGCAAGGUUCAAAACAGAAGUGGAGAUAUAUCAUGGAUUAUGGAAUGCGUUGUAUGUAAUGACCAAUUAUGCUCAAGCUUUGCAUAAAGAAACUAUGAUUGUAGGAGUUGUAAGAUAUGCGCGAACCUUUAUUGGUGUCUGGCUGGUCUUAAGUCAGCAAAAUUUGAAUUUCACUAGAAAUGUGGUAUGCUUGCUUGGGCAAGUUACGUUUUGAUGAAAUUUGUGUCUUAGUGAAUUUUAUUUUAGCUUGG